AUGAGUACCACCAUCACCACUACAGAAACUUUCACCACUACUUCAACUACCACCACUUCUGCCACUAGCGCCACUACAUCCAACACCACCCCUACUACUACCAUCACCAUAACAACCACCCCCACUACUACUACCAUCACCAUAACAACCACCCCCACUACUACUACCAUCACCAUAACAACCACCCCUACUACUACCAUCACCAUAACAACCACCCCCACUACUACUACCAUCACUACCACUUCUUCAACUACCACCCCACUACUGUUAUUGCUACAACCAACACCUCAACUGAUAUCACCACAAUUGAUACAACUACCACGACCGCUAAGACCAACACCUCUACUACAACCACUACCGCGACCACUAAAACUACCAACACCUCUGCUACAACCACUACCGCGACCACUAAAACUACCAACACCUCUACUACAACCACUACCGCGACCACUAAAACUACCAACACCACUGCUACAACCACUACUGCGACCACUAAAACUACCAACACCACUGCAACAACCACUACAGCGACCACUAAAACUACCAAUACCACUGCUUCAACCACUACUGCGACCACUAAAACAACCAAUACCACUGCUACAACCAUUACUGCGACCACUAAAACAACCAAUACCACUGCUACAACCAAUACCGCGACCACUAAAACUACCAAUACCACUGCUACAACCAUUACCGCGACCACUAAAACUACCAAUACCACUGCUACAUCCAUUAUCGCGAACACAAAAAACUACCAAUACCAUUGCUACAACCACUACCACGACCACUAAAACUACCAACACCUCUACUACAACCACUACCGCAACCACUAAAACUACCAAUACCACUGCUACAAACACUACCGCGACCACUAAAACUACCAAUACCACUGCUACAACCACUAUUAAGACUACUAAAACCACCAAUACUACUGCUACAACCACUACCGCGACCACUACUACUACCAACACCUCUACAACAACCACUACCGCAACCACUAAAACUACCAAUACCACUGCUACAACCACUACCGCGACCACUAAAACUACCAAUACCACUGCUACAACCACUAUUAAGACUACUAAAACCAUCAAUACUACUGCUACAACCACUACCGCGACCACUACUACUACCAACACCUCUACUACAACCACUACCGCGAUCACUAAAACUACCAACACCACUGCUACAACCACUACAGCGACCACUAAAACUACCAAUAACACUACCGCGACCACUAAAACUACCAAUACAACUACCGCGACCACCACCGCGAUUACUACUGCGACCACCAAUUUAUCAAUACCACUUCUACAACCACUAUUGCGACCACUAAAACUAUCAAUACCACUACCGCGACCACUAAAACUACCAAUACCAAUGCUACAACCACCACCACUAAUAACAGUGACGUUAGUAGACCCAUUAGGAUACAUAUCACUUAAGCAGUUUCUUUAUAUCCAACAAAAACAUCAAAGAAACCUAUUCAAACAUUGA